GCUGAUUUUCACUUGGUAAAAAUUAGAAGGCAAUCCAGAUACUUCUAACGACUUUUCUUGUUCCAGCUAUACUAGUAAUGGGUCUACUAUUAACAUUUUUGACGCUGUUCCUAGUCUGCGUCACAGAAGGUGGGGAGUAUUCGAAGAAACUUUACACACAUAAAAUGUUCUGUCCAGAUGGUGAAGCUCAUGAACAGUUAUUAACUUACCCCAUCAGAUACACCUGCAAACCGGGGCCAGGAAUAAAUGUAAAAUGCCAAACUAUAUUUUAUAAUUUCAAAGGAUAUUUUGAGUGUCCAGGAAAUGGCUAUAUGAGUGGCUUUGAGUUCACUAUCGGAUAUGGUGAGAAUAUUCGGUGCUGUCAGGACCCAGACAUAACAUACUCUAAGGAAGACUGUACAGUGCAAUUUAACAAUAAUUUGAUAAGUGGAAAACCAUACAAAAUAUGUAAAGGAAAAAUUAUGGUUGGUUCGAAGACCUUAGACGGCGGGAAAACUUGGUACAACACAGAAUGUUCAUUUCGUUCAAAACGAAAGUAUUAUUAAAAGAUAAAGAAAGGAACAUUUGCACAAAGAAACUAAUUCAAUAUUUCAACUAUUUUAGAAAUACAAAAAUUGAAAUUAAAAUUUUUUUUUUGACAAAUUCUGAAUUCUUCAUCCUUUUCUUGGUAUUUACACAGGUGGACUACUUCAAACUAGAAUCUAUGGAAAACAUGCCGAAACCAUUUUCCCAAUUUCUUAACAUUCCAUCUGUAAACAGUAAAAUAGCUUCAGGCCAAUCGUUUCAGUGUUUUGAGAUCUCAAUAGUUAAGUUCGUUUUAUGAAAAGUUGGUUUAAUACAUG